GGGAGAGGAAACAUUUCCCAUAUAAUAGACAAUUGAAAAGUCAGUAUCAUUUUUAGAAGACUUAAAGAGCCUAUUGGAUUCAAGGUGUGACAGUAGCAGUCGUCUGGAGCCAUGUCGUUGUCUGCAGACCUGAGCUGUCUUCAGAGCGGAGCAGGAGCUGAGAGGGAGGCGGCCCUGGCCUCUCUGGAGAAGCAGCUCAUUUGUCCCAUCUGCCUGGAGAUCUUCAACAAGCCUGUGGUCAUCCUACCGUGUCAGCACAACCUCUGCCGCAAGUGUGCCAAUGAGCUCUACCAGCCAUCCCUGUUCCAGGCAAGGACCUCCAUGCUGGUGAGCAGUGGGCGUUUCCGCUGUCCCUCCUGCAGACACGAGGUGGUUCUGGACAGACAUGGAGUGUACGGGCUCCAGAGGAACCUGCUGGUGGAGAACAUCAUCGACGUGUACAAGCAGGAGGUCUGCAAGAGCGUCGCCAUCAGCUUGCCCCCUCCCCCGCCCCUCCCUCCUCCUGAACCAGCCCAGGCCACGUGUACAGACCAUGAGGGGGAGAAGGUGAACAUCUACUGCCUGAGCUGCCAUGUGCCCACCUGCUCCCUGUGCAAGGUGUUUGGAGCCCACCAGUCCUGCAAAGUGGCUCCUCUCACACAGGUCUACCAGCAGCAGAAGGAUGAGCUCAAAGAAGGGCUGGACUCUUUGGCAGAGCACAGGACUAAAAUACAGACUGUGAUCGAUGAACUUAACCAGAUGUUCAUCGACUUAGAGGAAGCAUACAGGGUACAGAGGCAGACUGUCACUGACAAGUUUGAGCACAUCAAUUCCAUUCUGGAGGAGAGACGAAAGUCUAUGACAGAGGUGGUCAGUGCAGAGGAGGAGGAGAAGACGGGCCGAGUCAAAGCUCUCCUCAGGCGCUAUGGAGAUACAGUCUCUGCUAACAGUAAGCUGCUGGAGAGGGCCCAGGCUUGCAUGGAGGACACCGACUCUGUGGCAUUUGUACAGAGCUCCAAAGAAAUCAUAGACAAGUUGCUCAGCGCAGCCGCCUCGUGCCCCUCAGAGACAUUGGACCCAGACGAUGAAAACCUGAGCCAUUACCAAUAUAACUUCAGCCGACAGUACAGGGCCCUGCUCAGCUUAGACUUCCCCAGAGAGGACGUCCCAGAAGAGCUUGAAUCUGAAUCAGAGACAGAGGACACAGUGGACAUAGAAGACACAGAGGACACACCUACACAGUACAUCGAGUCCCCCUCUCAAACUGUAAAAGACUGUCCAGUGAGCUCCCUGCCUGAGCCACACCUGGUACGGGACAGUGAGCAAGGGGACAGAGAAGGGACACAGCUGCAGCAGGACAGAGUGGACAGAGUGGACAAUGGGGAUAGGGAGGACAUGGUGGACAGGGGGGACAUGGAGGGGACAGAGCUGAGGCACAGAGGAGCAGAGUCGGUUCAGACCCAGACCCAGAGGGAGGAGAGCCGAGAGGAGACGUACCAGAGACCAGCAGUAAGACCUGUGUCUGCUGAAGUGGUGAAGGAGGACGGCAUGACAACACUACAGGAAGUCACUGCAGGGUCUGAUGACAGCAAAACAAUGCCACACCAAGAGUCAGAGAUGGUCAAACAAGAUGGAGGAAAGAUGGAGCAUGCCAAAUCCACUUUAGAUGAAGAGACAGACACACUGCUUUAUCUUGGAUGGUACAGACAUGACAACUGGGGAAGAAUGAUUCAAGAUCAAACUGUCCAGCAAGAAGAAGCUACCAAUGCUCCAGAAAUACCUUGUCCACGAUUGGAGAGCCAAGAUGUAGAAAAUACAUCUCUACAACUGUCAAAUCAAAGUGAAAUAAAACUAGUUCAACCAAAAUUGGAAUUUGAUAACAAAAUUGAGGAUUUGCAAGAUCAAAUUGUCCAGCAAGAAGAAGCUAGCUAUGCUCCAGAAAUACCUCAUCUACGAUUGGAUAGCCAAGAUGUGAAAUUGUCUAAUAAUGAAACUGAGGAUUUGCAAGAUUUGGAAUGUUUACCACAAGCUAUGAAUGAAAAUGUUGAGGAAAUUAUUGAUGGUGGCACCUCUCAAGAUGAUACAAAUGAAUUACCAAUGGAGAAAAGCCGUUCGCAAAAUAAAACCACAGAGUUCAAUGAAAAUGAAAAUCAACAAAUUUCAGAUGACCAUAUUUUAAGUUCUGACAGUGAUAAUGACGAACUGAUUGAUGGAAUUUCGGAAAUACAAAUUGGAAGUGAAUUCGACAAAGAAAAUGUAACAGAAGAAGUUGCAAGCAUUAUUGAAGAUACUAUAAGGAGCCAGCAGGGGGCGCUAGAGAGUACUGGACAAGCAUUGGAGCCAGGAUUAAGAGGGAGUGUAGCGGUACAGGCGGUCACUCUACUCUUCUACUUGCUGGCCUUUCUGGUCAUCCUGCAGAGGUUUUGGAUCUACAUCGGCCGCUACAUUCUCAUAUAAGCCCACAGCACAGAAGCUGUGCACGGUCACUGCUGCAUGUCCAGACUGAGCCAGAGCCCAGUCCUGCUCCCUCUUCAUCUCAGCCCGACGCUGCCCCUCGCCGCCC